AUGGGAAAUCAGGCGUCGGACGACGCCGCACACCAACCAGAAGACGCCCCGCCCGCUGAAGAUUUGAUUCCAGCCGGCGAGUCGCCUGACCGUAGCAGUUACCACAUGCGCUCCGGCGACCGAGCGUGCGCGGCGGAAGCUUCGCCCGGAGGCGUCGGUAGUGGCGGCGGGGGCAUCGCGACGGGUAACCCGGUGCACGCGGCCUCGAACAGCCUCGCUGGUUCCGCGUUCCCCUAUGCAGCCACGACCGCCAGCGACGAUCGGAUAGGGAACGCGGGCGGGGGUUGCCAAGAUGCUGGUAGGGGGGGGGGCUCUCAGAGUCAAGGGUGGCUGUCGGCGGACGUGCGGCGGCACUCCGGUGGUCAAAGCACCGGGCCCACCUCCACCGCCGCUACCGCCACUACGCCAACAGAGGCCGCGAGCGCCAACGGGUGCACUCGCGCCGACGAUGACACGAGGCGAGAUAGCGGAGACGCGCAGCAGCAGCAGCAGCAGCGGCCACGGGGCGGCGAGGUAACGGGAUGGAUGCCGCUAGGGGGCCCGGCCAUUCGCGCCGGCGGGGAGGGUACCGCCGGGCCGCGGUGGGCCUCGGGCGCCGCCGCUGCGGCGGUGGGGGGGCGUACGGUCGCUCAGCACGGCUCUCGGGUCUUUGCCGAUCGCCAGUUUGGCGCGGAUGGGGCGCAAGAGGAGGUGGAGAAGGACGAGGAGGAGCAGGAAGAGGGAGUGCCGUGUGCUGAUCCUGCCAACAAGAAUCAGGACGAGGAGGCCGACGAGACACCCGGGGCUCACGCGAAGCGAAAAGAUGACGCAGAACCUGCUGACGACGCCAGCGAUGCAACGCAGGGAGACGCGAAGGCGGCGGAGGCGAAUGACACGGCCGGAGCGGAACAAACGGAGACUGCAGUGUUGGAGGAGGUUCUACCGGUAACGGGAACGAAGGGUCAAGUCUCGGACAAGGACCAGCCUCCGCAUGAGGCAACGGAAGGGGCUGCUGGCGGCGACACCUUGGACGGCGUUCCUGCUGCUGCGGCCGUCGAUAGGCAAGACGCCGACCGCCCUCCGAGGAGGAGAGUAUCGCCGCGCGCGGGUAGCCUGCCCUCCACGACGACGGAGCCGUUAUCCACCGGCACGCGAAAUACAAGGCGGUCGGUGCGCGGCGGCACCACUCUGAAGAACGGUCCGGAGAACGGUGCACAACCGUUAGGGGGCUCUAGCUACCUUGGCGGGGAGCGGGGGGCUAGUAGCGUCGACGACGGCGGGGACCCCGGUGCCGCUACUGUGUUGACGGCUAAGCAGACGGCCGGGGCGGGAAGCGAAAAGGCGGAGGACGCUGCUGACGCUCCGAAGAACGGCGUGGUGGCGACGGCGCCGACGAGCCACGAGAAGACUGCGGCGGCUUCGCCGACCAGCUCGCCGACGGCCUCGUCGACAGCUUCGCCGACCGCUUCAUCCUCGUCCCCGAUGAAUACGCCAGAACUAAACGCCAACAAGAUCAGGCUCGGGGACAAUACCGAAGCUCAAGGGCAGGGGGCACCGCCGGAGGAGAACGCGCGGAUGGAAGCGCCGCCGGCAACACCGCCGGCGGGACCCCCCACGAGGUCACGGCUUAGGAGGGCCGCGGCGGGCGUCCAACCGCAACCAAACGAGGGCUCUGGUUCGGGGAAGGCAGCGCCGAUGGUCGUGUUGUUGGAGGGGGGGAAGACGUGGGACCCUUACGCGGGCGAGGAGACACACAGGGUGGCCGUGUGGGAGCCCAAGAGUCGGAGGAUGAUCGGGGGGGUGUCGGCGCCGAUGCGCCGGGAGCUCCGGGCUUUCCUGGCGGAGGGGAAGUAUGAGAUUUACAACGGCCAAGACGGAAAGAAUACCGGCCCGGUCACCUUCUCCAAGACCGGCACCCCGAGCAAUGACCCCCGGGGUCGGGGGCGCGGUCGCCCCCCCAACUCCGCCGCGCCAGUCGCCGUUCUCCUCACGUCUCCCUGCCGCGAAACCACCACCGGAGAGACCACCGGCAGCCCGAGCGCAUGCCUCCCUAACACGAGGGCCCGGCAGCAGCAGCAGCAGCAGCAGCAGCGCGCGUCGCGUACGCCGUCGUCGACUAAGACCGCGGCCGCGCGCGGGGGCGACGUGGGUCGCCCUCCGGAGGGCGCUGGGGCUGCUGCCGUGCCGCCCGCCGCAGAGAAGCGGGGGAGAGGAGGAAAACGAAGCAGCCCCCGGUUGUUGUCGGACGAAUCGGGGACAGAAGGGGACCCGGCGGGCGAGGGCGACGGCGGGGGGGGGGGCAAUGGUAGCGGUCACGACAGCGGCCCCAGGCACCGGAGCGUCGCAGCGGCGGGGGCAGCGAAACCGGUGGAGAUGUCCGGCGAGGAAGAGGAGCGUCACGCGGGAAAAGCCACCCUCGGGGUUUCCAAUCGAAUAGGGAGGAGGGGGGAUGCAGGAACACGUGGUGGCGGUGGCGGCGGCGGCGGCGUGUCAACGCGAGAACGCCUCCGGCGCGGGGGCGACGGGGAAGACGGGGGCGGGGACAGGGGGAAGAAGGCCAACGCUGUUACCAAGGCGGGGAAGGGGAGCAGUAAAGGUAGCGGUGGCGGUGCGUCAUCACCUGCUACCUUGCGAAGGAAUGGAAAGGAAGGAACCACCGGUGGGCGCAGGGACGGUGGCGGCGGCGAUAGCAGCAGGGAUGCUCCUUCGUCCUCUCUGCGAAGCAGCAGCAGGAAAGGCGUUACCCGAAGCGAUGGUGCUGCUGCUGCUGCUCCUGCUGCUUCUACGCAGCAGGAGCAGGAGACCGGGCGGCGUAGACUGAAAAAGCCCGCUGUCUCUGGUACCUCAGAAUCAACUAAAGAGUCAUCACGGCCAGCGCCUGCCUCCUCCGCACCCACGAAAGGCGGUGCAUCAGCGGUCAAAAAGCGCACUAGCGGUCGGGGCGGCAGGAGCGGCGGCGGGGCAGCCCAGGAGGGUUCGGCGGCGGCGGAGGCAGGGGCGGGGACACAGCAGAAGACCAAGUCCAAGAAGAGACCCAGGAAGAGGAUCGGGCUUCAGGGGGAGCCGUGGGUGGCGAUGUGGGCCCAGGGGUUCAGCGACGAGGACGAGGCUAUCGCGGCCGAUGAGAGAGCAUACGAGCGCACCGUGCGGGACCGUCAGAGCUUCGCCCAGCAAGAGAGAAGCGAGCAGGAGGCGUUUCUCCGUGAGCGUGAGAGGCAAAAGGCGCUGCACCAGAUGUUUGGGAAGAAGUAUCGUACACCGGUAGAGAAGUGCCGAGAUCGAGAGAUGGAGCGGCUUCUGGAUGCUACGAUCGAGAUUACAUCCGAGCUUAUCGCCACACCCGCUGGCGGCCGCACCAGCGGCAGAAAUAACGUACCCAAGCCAGCCGGCAGAGCGAUGCCAUCCCGGGCUAGAGACGGGAACGGGCGAGGGAACACUAGUGAGCCACUUCCGGCGGAGAACGGAGCCGGCGGUGUGGUAGAGGAAGGGGUUCGGCUGACCAGGGGGCACACCAGACGCGCGAGGGGUAACGGUGCCGGGGCCGCGAGAGGGGUUGGUUCUUCUUCUUCUGGUGGAGAGGGUGUGUCGUCAGAGUCUGCGGCGGACGGGGCCUUGACCCCCGCGGGCGGCGGGGAGGGUGACGGCACCCGGAGCGGGAGCGGCGCCGCGGCCAAGGGCAAGGAGAAGGCUGUUGCCCCGGCGCGCAGAAGCAGCGGACGCUUGUCGACUGCCGCCGCCGGCGGCAGCUCGGAGGAAGGCGGCGGCGGCGGCGCGAGAGCAGCGGUGGCCUUGGUAGCCCCCCCACUUCCGGGGGAUGACGCUGCUGCUGCUGCUGCAGACGACCAAACCGAUGGAGCUUCGCUGUCGGUGCUCCAAGACGGUUAUCACAACAGGCUAACCUGUCCCGCCUGCAACGCCGGGGCGGAGCUUAGACCGGUGACUCUCACCGGUGGCCGAGGACGCGGGAGCAUGUUCGCCCCCUUCUCCACGCCCAGCCAACCCGUCGCCGUCAAAGCCGCGCAAUCGCUGUCGUCUUCCAACCGCAUCGGAGGUGGUGCGCCCAAGGACUCGUCAGCCGGCGAAGAAGUUGGAAGCGCCGCCGCCGCCGCCGAUGGUACCGAGGGGAGGGCUGCGGCUCCGGAGUCUGCGGCUGCUGUCGCCGCUGAUUCCACGGGGAGGGGCGUGUUGACGAGUGGCGGUGGUGACGGUGGUGACGGCUCUGUCGCCCUGGCCAAUGGGGGUACGGAGGAGAACGCUUGUGACGAUGGGAGUGCCGUCGAUGGCAUGCCGCCGCCGCCGCCGCCGCCGCCCGCUGCCGUUGAGAACGGCACGGUGUCUGCGCCGGAAGCAACGGCAGCGACAACGCCAAACGAAGGUCCUGACGGUCGGGGUGAGGGCGGUGCAGCUGUUGCCGUGUCUAAUCCCGACGAUGCAAAAGGCGGCGGCGGCGGCGACGGCGGCGGCGGCGGCGGCGGUGCUCAAUUCCGCCGAGAUGGCCAUCACGAUGCCGCAGCGACGGCGGCGGCGGCGGCGGCAGCACCACCAUCUGACUCUGAGGUAGUUGCUGCUGCGGCUGCCGAUAUCGCCGAGAGGGGCGCUUGUGUCGCCGCGGGCGCUCCGGGCGAUGGACCUCCCUCCGAAGCCUCGGCGUUUGCGUCGUCGUCGCCUUCGGCUGAUGGUGGCGGUGCUGCCGCUGGUGUUGGCGGGGAAGCUAAGCCGCCGGCGGCUGCUGCAACGGUCGGAGUAUCCUGCGGAGGCACGGACAAAAAUGCUACUAGCGGCGUCUGCAGCUCAGACGGGGGGCAGGGGGAGGGGAAGGAUCAGGAGCAGGUGCAGGAGCAGGCGCCGCCGAUGCCCAAGUCCAUGAAGAGAAGCAUUUCCGCUGUUACUAGCGGCGGCAGCGGCAGCGGUGCACCCGCCGAGCGAGGGGGGGAGAAUGCCGGCUUCUGGUGCCCGCCUUUUAAGCUUGUCCAAGGGCUCCCGCCUUACAACCGCGGCUACAACCUCAUCUUCCAGCGCGCCUACCGCGGCGGCCUCAUCUUCGACACGCCGGGGGCCAUCCCCAAGCCCACCGUCGUGCCCCACACCCUGGCCCCUGCUGGCGGGGGUGGCUGGAACACCGGCAUCGACAUCCCCAGGGUGUCCAAGAAGGCCCGGCGCGACAAGCAGCAGCAGCCGCCGCAGAAACACGACCCGACAGAUGGCGGCGGGGGCGACAAGAAGCCGUCGAAGAAGAAAGAUAAGAAAGGUUCGAAGAAGAAAGACAAGAAAGGUUCGAAGAAGUCGGCGCCCGGCAAGGGCGACGACGUCAAGCAAGAGCGGGUUGAAGGAGCUGCUGCUGCGGUCGGAAGCCCGCCGGUUCCUUCGGCCGACGCGGGUUCGGCAAGAAAGCCUGCGGCGGAGACAGGCGAUGCUGGGGUUUCCGCCGGGGGGAGGUGGACGAGUCGUAGAACGGUCCUCGGUGAUGCCGGCCGAAAGCACAACAGCGGCAGCGGCGAGGAGACAAGCCGAGCGGGGCCGGAGCGGGAAACGCGGAAGCACGGGGUGUCUUCUUCUUCGCCGUCGUCCUCUUCUUACGUUGUGGCGUGGUUAGAGGGCGAGGCCCGGAAGCUGGAGCGGCCCCCGGCUGGGGUGCAGCCCGACGGGAUAUCGCGGACGAUGAUUGAAGACCUGCCUGUGGGUCCUGAGUCUUCGGUGGUUGAGCCUCCGCUGCCGCCCUCUUCCUCCUCCGGUGCUGUAACCGCCGCCAGUGCUCCUGCUACCGCUACUCCUGGUGGCGGUGGUGCUGGUGGCCACGACAGCGACGGUGCUCCCUCCCGCCCGCGGCAGAAGGAAGAAAAGCCUCCAGUGCGUUCAUCGCCAACGGCGGCAUCAGAGCCGCGCGGGGGGGAAGGCGAGGGAAGUCGGGAGAUGGAAGAGGCGGCGAAGGGGGACGACAAGGCUGGCGGGCAAAGGGAAACGCGCAAGCGGGGAAGCGCUACAGCAGUAGCAGGGGGCCGACGCGGGAGAAGGGAGGGGCGGGCGGUGUCACCGGCGCUGAAGCGAGUGGCCAGCAGGAAAGACUCGGCGGGGCAAGGCCAAGAAGACACCGGGCGUUCCAGUGGUGGUGAAGGAUCGGCGGGACGAGGGUCUGUAUCAUCCAGCCAAGCCGAGGCCGGCGAAGACGCCGGCGCAGAUGAUAAGCACGCGCAUGGUUGCGUCGGUCCGGACCCCCCGGAGAAUUCCGCUGCCCCGAUGACGUCAGGAUGUCGGGAGAAGAGCGGUGCUGGUGAUGACGUCGGGGCACCAAAGGUUGCGGCGGCGGCGUCAGCGGCGGUGGGGGCGGCGGUCGUGCUGAAGCCGAACCAGGAGCGAGAGGAAGAGGGACGCCAACAACAGCAGCCGCUCUGCACUCCUUCCCGAAGAGGUGGCCUCACCUCGCAGCUGCCAACCGGUGAUGCUGUCGACUCUACCGCCACCGCCGCCUGUCGAACCAAAGGAAAGUCCCCAGCCCGGCUCAAGCAGAUGGCGAAGAAGAAAUCUUCUUUCCCAACGAAAGGGGACGGCGACGCAGCCUCGGGGAAAGGGAAGGGCCGGGGGGAGACGCCGCGCCGAUCCUCGAUACCCCUCUCGCCGACACAGGCAGUGUUCCAGAUGCCCUCAGACGACGACGAGGAGGAUGAGGAAGAGGCGGCGGCUUGCGCUGCCCCGAUCAAGCAGAGGCGCGAGCUAUCCCUCGCGAAGCGGACGGCGGCAGUGGGCUCUACGCCUCCGGCGACGGGGCCUGCGGCGCCGGCGCCGUCUUCGCAACCCCAGCCCGUGUUGUCGUCUUCCAUCAAGAAGAAGAAAAAGAAGAAGAAAAAAAAGAAGAGCGACGAUGACGGCGGCGGCAGCGAUAGCAGUCUUGCCGGCAAGGCGGCGCCCGUCGGCGUCACCAAGGCUCGUCCUACCAAGGGCAACGACCAUGCUGUGGCGAGGGCUGCUCCGGCCACCGGCGGCGAGUCGGAAGCCCGGGUGGGUGCCGCGGGCGGCGCGAAAGCGAAGCGGGGUCGAGACGGGAAAGAUGGCGUCGGUGCUGGCUGUGAUGCUCCCGCCGGUGCCGCUUCGGCAGCCGCGGUCGUGCCGCAACCCAGCGGUCGGAAGCAAAGAGCCACGGCGCCGCCUGUGUUUUACGGUGACGAUGACAGCGGCGACGGCGACGGCGACGGCGAUGACUUGCGGCGGCACCCGAUCGCCGUCAGCGCCCCUGGUUCCAAGGCCAAACCGAACAGAAAAAGAAAGAAUCCCGCCGACCCUGCCCCCGCCGCCGCUCCGCAACCACCGCCGAAGGCCGGGGCAGCCGAGCACUCGCGGGAGGGCGCGGUAGCCUCGGCGACUCCAAAGGCACCGGCCGUCAAGACAAAGACGGCCACCGCCGCAGCUGUCCCUAAAACCUCCCGGUCGGGGGUGGUAGUUGCGGCGGCUGCGGCUGCGGCUGCGGCUGCGACAGCAGCAGCAGCGGCGGCCGCCGGAGCGGAGCGGGACUCCGGUCCCGAGGGCCCGCAAGCCAAGAAGGCGAAGAGGUCGGCCGAAGUGGCGGAGACUCGUGAAAAGAAGCUCGAGCGCGGAGAGGCAGCAGCGGCGGGAGGCGGCGUCAACGAGUGGCCGGCAUCCCCCAGAGGCGACGAAGGCUGCCAGAGCGACGGACAAGACGCGAAGGUUUCGGGCGCGGCCACCGUCGCCGCCGCCGGUGGUGGUGGUGGUGGUGCUAGCGGUGACGGGCCCCCCCGAUUGGGGGGGGACUGGAAGCCCGGGCGGAAGCGGGAGCGCAGCAGCGAGGGCGGUGAAAAGAACGAGAAACCGGACCAGGAGGGGGUCUGCGCGGGCAGCGAUCGAACUCGAGAAGCAAAGGGCAAUGCAGUUGUCGGCGCGAACGGCGACGUUGGUGCUUCUGCUCGUGUGAUCCUCCCGGAGGAGGGUGGGGCAGAGACGGCGGGUAGCGGGCGCGGACCGAGCGGGACCGAUACUGGCGAGAACGGCGGCGGUGGCGGUAGUGGGCAUGCCCGGGAGGCGGCUGCUGCGGCGGCGGCGGCGCUUGGGUGUGUGAGAAGAGGGUCCCGCGUGAAAAAGGCGAUCGCGUACCUCGGAGAUGAUGAGCCCAAGCCGCCGGGGCGAUCGCGAGACAACGCAGGAGGCGGUGUACGGAGGCAACGGGGUCGCGGCCGCUCUCCGCGAGUGGCAGACGACCGCCAUAACGGGGACGACAUCGGCUUUGAGGCGUCCGAGAAAGCCGCUACAAGCGGCAGCGGGGACGAAGCCCGCCUCCCAGGCGCCGAGGGCGACGUUUUGGGUCGCGCGAGCCGAGCUCUUGCGACAAAUCGUGUCUGUGUUGGAACGCCGCCGUCGCGCGGUGCUGGGCCCACCCCCGUGCGGCGAAGAAAGAACACCUCCGCGCGAGCGGCGCCAAGGGCGGGAGCAAGUGCGGGGUCCCUUUCGGCAUCUGCGGCGGCAAGAGGGAAGGAUUAUCCAAAGGGGCACCCUGGGCUUGGAGCAGCUUCGUUGACCAUCGGCGGCGAUGUCAGUUGCUUCGGCGGCGUCAGCGGUGUGGGGUUGGGGUCGUUGCGCGGUGGAGAUGGUCUCAAUUACCGUUCCGCAGCGGCAGAAGCGGCAUCCGUGGCUUCGUCUCUCCGCGAGCAGCGGCGCCACGAUUUGUUUUGGCCGCCGUCUUCGUCAUCGCUGCUCGAGCGUGCCGGAGCCGACUUGGGGAGCAGCGCCAGGGCAAGCGCGCCCGUGGGUGGCAGCGGCGGCGGCGGCAGCGGCUGGAGCCUGAACCCCUGCUCCCACGACGGGUUCGGAGGCGGCGGAGAGGGAGGCAUCGGAAUGUUCGGCAAGGAGAUGACCGUGGUGCAGAGUUGGACGACAGAAGAAGAAGGCGACGCUGCUGCUAACGGUUUCGUCGCCGCGGACAGCAGCAACCGGCGAGCAGAAGCGCCGGCCGGCCAACAGCAGCAAAGCCCGCGACAGCGGGAACAAGCGCGAGGGGACGAUGAUUACUCGGGGCAACAGCGGCAGCUGAAACGGCAGCCGGUGCAGGCUAUCCCGCCGGGGCGCGGGCAGCGAGCGGGCGACACCGCGCCAGGAACGAUCAAUAGCCAUGAGACGUCGUCAACUACGGCGGCGGUGGCGGCGGCGGCAGUGCUCCCGUCUUGUCGUGAGCUUUUGAGCGACCACCACAGCGGCGACGCCAGGGGCGUGCCAAUGCCGGUCGCAGCUGCCCCUACAGGUUCCUCGGCGGCGGCGGCGGCGGCGGGUGCGAUGCCGUCACCAAAAGCAAAGCCGCUUGCAUCCGCUGGUUCGAUAUUCAGCACGCCGUACCGUCCUAGCGCGACCUGGACCGGCGGUGGCGAUAUAUACGCAGAUGGCGCGUCGGCCGGCGGCGGCGGCGGCGGCGACGAAGAGGGCGCAAGGGCCGGGGGCGGUGGCCGGGUGGGGAGCGAAAUACAUCGAAACCAGCCACGCCACGACCUGUACGGCGAUUUGGAGCGGCGUGGGCGGCAGCCAAUCAGCGCGGCCGAUUUCUACGGUCACGAUCUCGGCCUGCUCCCUUCUAUAUGUCCCUACGUUGCCUCGGCAGCCGCUUCCCCCGCCCCGGCCGCGAUGAACCCCUUCCCCACGUGCGGCACCAUGGACAGCCGAGACGAGGAUGCCGGGUAUGCCGCUUCCAUCUUGUCAGCGUCUCCUUGGCACCACCCCCCCGCCGCUGUGGCGUACAACCAGGGGGGCGCCAGUACCAACCUCGCGUGGCCGCCGAAAGAUCCCCCUCCCGGGGGCUCCCCAAGUUCCAUGCCGGCGGGAGCGUUGGCGUUCGCCUCUUCUCUUUCGCCAACGCAGGCACCAAGUCGCGCGUAGUUGGGGGGGGCAUGACUACAUCCCCGUUUUUCGUUUUCCAACACAUGGAGUGGACUGGACGGUGGUGAUGGAAUCGCAGGUGUGGUCGCGGGCUACGGCAGUAGAAGGCGGACGAGCUUUGGCGGUACCCCGCGUCCAUUUGCUCACGGGCCUGGCGACCUGGCCCGGAGUGGGUGGUGUCUUGGAGCACCAAAGUGUGUGGGGGUGGGCGGGGGUGGCCUUACAGCUUUGCGCCUUCUACAUAAGUUAAUUAGCGUGGUGGUCGUGGUACAGAGUCUGAGUGUA